UCCUCUCCGUCUCGCCCGGCGGACGAGCCCCGUCUCCCGCGGAUGGCGGCGGGAGCGGCGGGCAGAGCCUCGCCGCCGUGAGGCUGAGGGGCCCGCACCCCCGUCCGGAGGGCAGCGCUGCCGGCUGGACACCAGCGGGCAUGGGAGCUGGUCCCGGCCCAGCACCGGCCACGGAGGGGGCGAUGGGCAGGUCCGGGAGGCAGGACUUGAGCCUCCGGUAGCGCACGGUGGGACCCUCUUCGUUCCCGGGACCGCUUUCGUCAAUUGCCUUCAAGAAAAGGGAAGGGGGAAAAACAUGACACGGAUUCUGUCGGGGAAGCAGAGGAAAAUGUGCAUCCCAGCGACACAUUGGUAACUGAUCCUGCAAGGACGCUGCCCUCCACCUAUUCCCUGCCUCUGCUAUGGACACUUCUGCUUUCAGCCUCCCCACGCCAGUGGUGUCCGAGGAGGGGAAUGCCUCUGGCAGCUGGGCAGGCUUCACUACCCCCAACAGCUCCACCAUCACCAGCCCUGGUGUGAUUUUCAGUGGUGUCCUCAUCCCCGUGGUCUAUCUCAUUGUCUGUGUGGUGGGGCUGGUUGGGAAUUCUCUGGUCAUUUAUGUGGUCCUGCGGCACUCUGUGAGCGAGUCAGUGACCAAUGUCUAUAUCUUGAACCUGGCCCUAGCUGAUGAACUCUUCAUGCUGGGUCUGCCCUUCCUGGCUGCACAAAAUGCCUUGUCCUACUGGCCAUUUGGGUCUUUCAUGUGCCGCCUGGUGAUGGCUGUGGAUGCCAUCAACCAGUUCACCAGCAUCUUCUGCCUGACGGUGAUGAGUGUCGAUCGCUACCUGGCCGUGGUCCACCCAGGGAAGUCCUCCAAAUGGAGAACAGCACGGGUGGCCAAGGCUGUGAGUGCAACUGUGUGGGUCCUGUCUUCUGUAGUGGUGCUGCCCGUGGUCGUCUUCUCAGACGUUCCUUUAGGGAUGAACACUUGCCACAUCCAGUGGCCAGAGCCCGCUUCGGUGUGGAGAGCUGGCUUCAUCGUCUACACUGCCACGCUGGGCUUCUUUGGGCCACUGCUGGUGAUUUGUCUCUGCUAUCUUCUUAUCGUAGUGAAGGUUCGUUCAUCGGGCAGGCGGGUGAGAGCUCUGUCCUCCAAGCACAAGCUUUCAGAGCGCAGAGUGACCCGCAUGGUGGUGGCUGUUGUGGCUGUCUUCAUCCUUUGCUGGCUCCCCUUCUAUGUCCUCAACAUAAUCAAUGUUGUCUGCCCACUGCCAGAGGAGCCAUCCCUCUUUGGUGUCUACUUCCUCGUGGUGGUGCUGCCGUAUGCCAACAGCUGUGCCAAUCCUAUCAUCUAUGGCUUCCUCUCCUACCGCUUCAAGCAGGGCUUCCGAAGGGCCAUCUUCCGGCCAUCCCGCCGAGUCCAGAGCCAGGAGGUGCCAGAGUGCCCCCCCGAGAAGACUGACGAUGAAGGGGAGGAGGGCGAGAUCAGCAAGAUCACGCAGAAUGGUAAUGACAGGCAGGAGCACCCUCUAAGCAGUGGGGAAGGAGAAAGCAACCAGCAAAAACCACUCCCUGAGGAGCCUGGGGGAUGUGAAAAGAGCAACAAGUUGCAUGUCAGUUAUUUAUGAUGAAAGGGAUGGUGCAGGGGAAAGGGACACUGGGACCUGGGAUCCCCUUCACCCUCUUGUGCUUUUCCACCUCAAAGGCAAUGAGAGACAUUCAUACAAAGGAAUAUUGAAGUCCAAGACUCCAUUCAAAGAAGAAGAAGGUUCCAUGAACUUCUGGAAAAAACAAGGCGUUAUUCUUGGCUUUGGAAGAGACACCUGAGGUUUUUGUGGUACUGGGUAAAGGAAGGAUUGAAUCCACGGAGAGGUGAAGAGGUGAUGGGCACUCACAGUAUGGAGAAAGCAAGGUCAGCCCUAGAUUGCAUGAUCCUUCCUUAGAUGACCCAGUGGCAAAGGGCAUCAGCUGCCAUCUGACUCUGGCACCUCAAGGAAGUCCUCAAAUGGCAUAUAGAAUGAAUAGGCAUCCUAGGACCUUGAUUAUCUUCCUUAUAAACAUUAGAAGUGGUUUACCCUAAAAGAAAAACAGGGAGGAAAAAUGUCUGCAGCAAAGACAUAACAGCCAGUCGCAUGUAUGGCUGAUCCCUUUUUAGCUCUCCAGUAAGUCUUGAGGAUAACAUUCCUCCUACUCAUGCUGGUCGUGGCUGGAGACCACUCAAAGCUUCUUCUUCCUUUCCAGGGCUCUCAUGGACUCUGGGCAGGCUGAUGAGACUUACCUGAGAGAGCAGAUGGGACACUUCUUCCCUGCACCUUGCAUUCUUCAGUGCUUUCCUGGUGCCUAUGCACCCUGGUGGAAGAUAUAAGUAGAAAAGAAGACAACGAAGCAUGGGCUGGAGGCAGGGUUUCCUACAAGCUGAAAUGCCCUUUCCCUUUGUCUCUCCCUAAGCCUUAUUGUAAAUAAACAAAAAGCCUUUGGACUUCAAAGGCCAACUGGGCAGAACUACCCUGUGUGGUUAGGGGAGUGGGGUGCUAUAGAUAUGGCUUUGGCUUUCCUAACAAUACACAAUGUCUUUGAGAUUAGUUGAUCUCUGUAUGGAGUAAUGUUUGGCUGGUACAGGAGGUCAAGGCAUGUAUCAGUACAAGAUGGGGCAGGGAGCAGAGGGAGGUUGGGGAAUCUUCGCUGUGUGAGAUCUAUGGUUGCAGGAGUCUGGGCAAUACUUGGGAUGGAUUCAUCUUUGGGAAAAGGUAGAAUGGCUAAGAAUGAAUAAGAAACGAUGUGUCUGCAUGUGUACAAAGGUGACUGUAUGCAGAAGUAUGUAUACAUUGUAUGAGUAUUGGAAUGGCUGAAGAGGACUGUAGAUCAAGGAGUCAGGGCUAGUGGAAGGUAAGAACGGGUUGGGCACUAGUGCUAAUCAGUGUGUGGCUGUGGGGCAUGUAUAAGUGUGUACAGAGCUGCACAAGGUGGUGUGCGUGUGUGUAAGUGUAUACAAACACAGAUGUGGAAGUGUGUGUAUGGCACUAUGGGAUGUUUAAAGGGUAGAUAGAGGUGUGUAGGCAUGUAAGCAUAUGUGGAAACAUGCGCAUGUGAAUGCUUGUGUAAGAGCGUGAGAGUAUGUGUGCUGCAUUGGAUGAGUUGUUGCUUCUGUGCAUCAGUUGUUGGUGGGAGGUUGUGGGUGGGCCUGUCUGAGUGUGCAUGCUAGAGGAGCAGUGAUGUACAAGGGUGGGUGGGAUGAAGGUCUGUCUCUCCACUUUGGCAUCAUUCCUGCAGGCUCUGCUAAAUGUCUGUCCCCACACCUUGAACUUCCCCAUGAGUGUUGUUGCUAAGCUACAGCCACCAAGAAGGAGAAGAGCCCUUCAUUAUAUCUGGGCACUUUUCUCCACAAAUAAUUUGAGAAUGGGAAGCAGGGACCUACCAGGAGGAGAAAUGCUUUCUUGAGGUCAGGAUAAGCUGAAGAAGGCAGUCAGUGGAGGGCCAGUGACAAGAGCUGGCUGAUGGAAGGAUGUCUCACAGGUCACUUGAGAAAAGCCAUGAGAUGUGAAGGGAUGGCUUGUGUCAAGUGUGCUGGGACGGAAGACAAAAGCCUUGGACCAGGAAACAGAACAAGCUGCUGCAGCAGCUGAGGAUGUUGGGAACAGAACCACUUUAUGAAGAAGCAAAAGACAAUGUCACCCAAAGGUGAUGUGUGAAGUGGAGGCCUGGAAGGCAUCGGAGGAAUUGCAGUGCAGAGCACCUAAGUUUGGGAAAGGACCAUCACAGGGUACCAGGU